GCAAGUCAUUUUAUUUUUUUUCUCUAUUCUCCCAAAUCUCUCCUCCCUCGAUUACGGCGAGAUUUUGGCCCUGGAUUCCAUCCCAGCGAACCGAAGGAGGUUAUGCCGAAAGGCUUCAAGGCCUUAAACCUUUGUUUUCCGACGGCCGUAGCUUUCUUACCUAAGAUAUGGAGCAAAUGCACUUUGGGACAAAUUUCUCAGCAUGCAGGGUUUUAUCAUUCUGGGAAGUUCUUGACUGGCGGUUUCUUGUUCCUGGGGACUUCCUUCUCAUCUCCUUCGUUAACUGCACUUAGAGAUUUUUCCAUGAUCAUCAAGAGCAGCCUGAUGCUGCCUUAUAGUAAAGUUGGUGCUGGAUCUACUAUGAACUACAAUGAAUGGCCAACGCAUGUUCUGCUUGAAGUUAAUUGAAGUCUUGACAGUGUCCUGCAGAAUAUCUAAGGUUUAGGUACUUCUGUGUUAUAGUUGGUGCAAUUUCUCAUUUUAGCUAGUGGUGUCUUCCUCCUCUUCUGUUUCUACAUUUGCUGGUUGCUUGACGGGUGUUCAAACCAUCAGUGUUCGUAUGGACUUGCCAUAGUCAUUUGGAGCUGUGAAGAUUCUUCUGCUUAGAUGGGUUGCCGUAUUUUUCCUUUGAUAUUGGCUAAAGUGGAUCAUAGUUCCUAUGCGGUCCUUCAAUAUUAUUCAAGAAAUAAGAUGUUGAAGUGCAAAUAUCAGAAAAGCUGUCAGAUUGCACUUGAAGCCCCUGUUGAUUUGUAUUACUUCUAGUUUUCCCUUUUAAGCAUAUACCUCUUGUCAGACACCAAAUACUUCUCGUAUUGGUGUAUUUGUACUAAAUAAAGACUGAGAGGUGUACUUGGCGUCGCUG